AUGGCGGAAGCCGAUGCCCGCCCUCACACCAAAGAGGAAGGCCCGCGGAGGUCUUCUGAGAAUCCAGACCGGCCGAGUUCCUCCGGCUCGGCUUCGUCCGGCUCGAGCAGCUCCAUCGACUAUAAUCCCCAGAUUCACCGGCUCCAGUCCCGAAAUACCGAAGUUGACCUCGAGCGCCUCCGCACGGGGACCUCCCAUGCGCUGAGUCGCAUCGAGACCCAACGUCUUCAACAUGCCUUGACGGUGGGUGAAAGUGUCAAGUCGCGACCAUCUCGAGGCCCGUUGCCGGCGUUCGGCGGGGGCAAGCCCUACCCUCCUCCUCUCCCCGCCCGUGAAGACUAUGUCGUCGAAUUCGACGGGCCUGCCGACCCUCUAUACCCUCAGAAUUGGCCUUUGAUGCGAAAAGUGUACAUCAGUGCCAUCCUCGCGUUUACCAGUAUCUGUUCCACUUUCGACUCGGCCGUCUUCAGCGGUUCCAGCACCAAUGUCGCGAAGCACUUCCAUGUCGGGCUGGAAGUGGCCACCCUGUCGAGUUCGCUGUACAUCAUCGGAUACGCCUCGGGUCCGCUGAUUUGGGCCCCGCUGUCGGAGUUGAAGGGUCGUAAACUUCCGAUCGUUGUUGCGAUGUUAGGGUUCGGGAUUUUCAACACGGCCGUCGCCGUCGCCAAGGAUCUCCAAACCCUCAUGAUCUGUCGGUUCUUCUGCGGUAUCUUUGGCAGUUCCCCAUUGGCGGUCGUGGCGGCGAUUUUCUCCGACAUGUACGACAACCGCACGCGCGGGGUGGCCAUCGCCAUGUUCUCCGGCACGGUGUUCCUGGGCCCCCUGCUGGCGCCGUUCAUCUCGGGCUUCAUCAACGCCUCCUACCUCGGCUGGCGCUGGACCGCCUACAUCCCCGCGUUCAUGGGCUACGCGGCCUUUGUGCUGAACGUCUUCUUCCUGCGCGAAUCCUACCCGCCGGUGAUUCUGGUCUCCAAAGCCUCGGAGCUGCGCCGCCGCACGAAGAACUGGGGCAUCCACGCCAAACAGGAGGAGAUCGAGGUGGACCUGCGGGAACUGGUGAUCAACAACUUCUCGCGCCCGCUGCGCCUGCUCAUCAACGAGCCCCUGAUCCUGGCGGUGACCAUCUACCUCAGCUUCAUCUACGGGCUGCUGUACUGCUUCCUGACGGCGUACACGCUCGUCUUCCAGGGGGUGUACCACAUGGCGGCCGGCGUCAGCGGGCUGCCGCUGUUCGGCAUGGUGGUGGGGCUCAUCAUCGCGGCCGGGUACAUCAUCUGGAGCUCGCGCGGGUACAGCCGCCGGCUGGACGCCAACGGCGGCGUGCCCGUCCCCGAGUGGCGGCUGCCCCCCGUCAUCGUCGGCGGCGCCCUCUUCGCCGCGGGACUGUUCUGGUUUGGCUGGGCGGGCUACACCGGCCGCGUCCACUGGAUCGUGCCCACGCUGAGCGGCCUGUUCACCGGCUUCGGGCUGCUGAUCAUCUUCAUCCAGCUGUUCAACUACCUCAUCGACACCUACCUCAUGUUCGCCGCCUCCGCCAUCGCCGCCAACACCUUCUGUCGAUCCAUGGUCGCCGCCAGCUUCCCGCUGUUCUCGCGCCAGAUGUUCAACAACAUGGGCAUCGAGUGGGCCUCGACCCUGCUGGGCUGCGUGGCUGCGAUUUUGGUCCCCAUCCCCGUCUGCUUCUACUUCUUUGGGCGCAGAUUGCGGAUGAAGAGCAAGUUUGCGCCGUUCUACGAGAAGGCGCAGGAGUCGCAUGCGCCCGAUGAGGAUGACCAUGAGCUGGAGGGGGAGAACGGGGCCGCCCACUAA